GAUCCGUCCCCAAUAUUAAUUAGGCGGUUUGAAGCAUCAUUUUCUACAAAAUCUUCCAAUCGGAACAUCUAGAAAAUCUUCCAAUCGGAACAAAUUCUUCAACGAUGAUGAUGAUCGAUAACAAUUUGCAAACGCAGUCAGAAUUCCAGUACUGGUUUCCAGUUCUUCGUCGAUUCGGUCCCGACGAUCCCUUUUUCGCUUCCGGAAACAUUGAACGCGAACUUCUUGCCAAACAGGUUGCACUGGAUCUUACUGAAGAGGAAAAACAGCAGCUUAGAAAUUUGGAUGAUGCUGACAGUGAAGUGAGCUGUCCAAUUGUUGGUUGUGGAGCCAAUUUGAGAUCGUUGGUAGAGUUUGAAGAUCAUUACAAUGCAAGGCAUACAGCUUCUUGUUCUGUCUGUUCUAGAGUAUACCCUACAUCUCGCCUGCUUGGCAUACACGUAUCAGAGGCACACGAUUCUUUCUUCCAAGCAAAAGUCGCACGAGGUUAUGCUAUGUAUGAAUGCCUUGUUGAGGGAUGUGGUAUGAAGCUCAAAAGCUACAAAAGUCGGCAUCAACAUCUAAUGGACAAACACAACUUCCCUUCUUCGUUCGACUUCUUUAAAAAGGCCCAACCAUCAAAAAAAGAAAGAUCGAAGAAAAACCAACGUAAACAACACCAUGCCACAUUUACCACAGAAAAUGAAGAAGGAGCGAGUGCAAGUGCGAUGCAAGUAGAAGAAGAGACUCUGAAUGGCCUUGUUUCAGCUGUUUCCAAACUGACUACUUCUGAUUCCACUCCUUCGGCUAUUAGUUUUGGUCGGCGCCAUACUCGUGGCUUGACAUUUGUCCCUCGUGCUGUUCAACAUGAAACAAAGAAAUGAACUUCUUUAGUAUGCUGAGGUAGUUAUUGUGGUAGGCAAAUUAUGGUUACAACUUACAAGGAGUGUUUGGUUCCCUAUAUGUUUUUGAAAUCAUAUGAACCAUGGAAUGUAAUUCAAUGUGGUAUGUUGAAAAGGAUGGUCUUCUUGUUGAACAGUAAAUUUACAUGUCACCGUGCCAAGUUUGCUUCCA